AUGCCACAAGUAGAAGUGUAUGACAAAUCAAGGGACCCGCUCGACCAUCUAGAGUCAUUCAAAACCCUCAUGCACUUACAAGGAGUUCCAGACGAAAUCAUGUGCAGAGCCUUCCCUACCACACUAAAGGGGCCAGCAAGGGUAUGGUUUAGCAAGCUUACCCCAAACACGGUCUCCACCUUCAAAGAGUUGAGUGGACACUUUGUCACACACUUCAUUAGAGGGCAGAGACACAGGAAAUCCUCUGUGGCCAUACUAAACAUUAAGCAGCAGAAAGAUGAAAGUCUAAGGUCAUACGUAACCCGUUUCAACAAAGAGACUCUCUUGAUUGAUGAAGCCGACGACAAAGUCCUCGUCACUGCCUUUACCAGUGGAUUGAAGCAAGGGGAGUUUUUCUUCUCCAUCUAUAAGAAUGACCUAAAGAUGAUGGCCGAAACACUAUACAAGGCCACAAAAUACAUGAAUGUUAAACAUGCGAUGAUCGCUCAGGGGGACACACCGAGAAAAAGGGAAAGGCAGGACGACCCUCGCCCAAACGGAGGAAGAAAGUCAGCUCAAACGAAUGACUGA